AUGUUGAAAAGUGGGAUUAACAGUGACGAAUCAUCGGAUGAAGAAGAAGAUACAUCUAUCAGUGAAUCAUCAGAUACGAAGCCUAAAACAAUUGUUGGUGUUACGUCUGUGGUUGAUGAAACACAUCAGUUCUUUUUGGGCAAAGAUUAUUCAAAUUAUUAUCAAAAAGAUUUUGAAUUUAUCGAAAAAUUUGAUGAAGAUUAUAUUGAUCGAAAACUUGUACCACGAAUGCCAUGGCAUCAUGAAAUAUUAGUUGUCUCAGGUGAAGCAGCAAGAGAUUGUGCAGACAAACAUCGUUUUAAUGAUUUUUAUCUAUAUCUUCUUCCAAAAACAUGUGAUGAUGAUGAAGUAUUUGAUACAUCUUUUCUCCGUUCAAUUCUUCCAGAUGAUCGACCACCAAUUCGUAUUGAUGCUCAAUGUGUUCGUUCUGCAUCAUUUUGGUCAUAUGGAAUUCGUACUGUCGAACGAUCAAAUCAAUUUUUUGUCACAAUUCCUAAUGAUUCGGCAAUUAAAAAUCAUAUCGGUGAUGCUAUUUAUCGACGAAUAAUGCGUGCACAUGCUAAUAAAGAAAAAUUUCGAAUACAUAUUUUAUUAGCAUUAUUGCCUGGUUUUUCUAAUGCUAAUACUAUUCAAGCUGUACUUCAUUUUAUAAUGAGAUCGAUUAAUAAAGGAGAAAUGUCACUCUAUCAAAGGUUAAAACAGAAUGGUGUGUCUAAUCCUGAAGAUUAUAUCACAUUUUAUGGUAUGCGAAAUUGGGAUAUAUUAAUGGGUAGUUUAGUAACAGAAAUAAUUUAUGUUCAUUCAAAAUUAAUGAUUGUUGAUGAUCGAAUGUGUAUCUGUGGAUCGGCUAAUAUUAAUGAUCGUUCACUUCAAGGUUCUCGAGAUUCAGAAAUUUGUUUAGUUGUUAAUGAUAUUGAAAUGAUAGAUUCAUAUCUAAAUGACCGUAGGGAAAAAGCAUAUGAUAAGUGUAAAAAAAUUCAAGGUUUCAUUGUAGAAUUUCCAAUAGAAUAUCUAGCUGAUGAUAUUAUCAUGCCAAAAUGGAAUACAUCAGAAGGUUGUUUUUUGCUCCUAUUAUAUAAUCAUACAAUGACAUAUUUUCCUCUCUAUAAAGAGAAGUUAUUUCCUUCUAUUCAUUUCAUCUUUUGUUUUACAGGUAUUGUACCAGUUCUCUUAUGGACAUAUUCAAAAGAGAACUAA